UAGCGAUCAGUUCAAAACAUGGAGACGAGCAAGAAGAUGCGGUCCACAGAUUCAGAAAAAAGAAAAACUAGCUUCUCCUUUCUAGUUGUCAGUCUUAUAUGGAAAUUUUAGUAACACUAAGAAGUUAGAUAAUACUUUCUCAGUUCCUUGUUAGCGUUGGCUAAAAUGUACGCCUGUUAGUGUUACCAUGUUCUCUUUAAAGACAAAACAUAUACACAGUCUGCUUCAAUAUCAACACUCAUGGAGAUGCCUUGCUCUAGGGAACUCCGGCUCACGACUAGUUUUGGGCAUUGAGAGCAGCUGCGAUGACACUGGAGCUGCUGUUCUCGAUGAGACUGGUGCUGUGCUGGGGGAGGCUCUACACACACAGAAAGAGGUGCAUCUUAGGACAGGAGGUAUCAUUCCCACCGUGGCACAAAAGCUUCAUCUGGAACACAUCGAGCAUGUGGUCAAGGAGGCUUUGCAGAGGAGCGGUGUGGACCCAAGCCAACUGUCGGCUGUAGCCACCACAGUGAAGCCAGGCCUAGCGCUAAGCUUGGGCGUUGGUCUUGAGUUCAGCCAGAGGUUCGUUAGACAGAACAACAAGCCUUUCAUCCCCAUCCACCACAUGGAAGCCCAUGCCCUGACUGUCCGGAUGUUACAGCCAGUUUCUUUCCCAUUCCUGGUCUUGCUCAUCUCUGGUGGUCACUCCCUUCUUGCUGUAGCUCGCGGAGUGGACGACUUCCUUCUUCUUGGCCAAAGUCUGGAUGCAGCUCCUGGUGAUACACUGGAUAAAGUAGCAAGGCGUUUGUCACUCAUCAAACACCCAAAGUGCUCUACACUGAGUGGAGGACAAGCGAUAGAGCUUCUGGCGAAGGACGGUGACCGGAUGAGGUUUCCUUUCAAGACACCUAUGGGACAAAAUUACGACUGCUGCUUUUCUUUUGCUGGUCUUCGAAGUCAAAUUAACAUGACAAUAGUGAAAAAAGAAGCAGAGGAAGGCAUUGAACGUGGAACUCUGCUGUCAUGUGUGAGUGAUAUUGCGGCGGCAACACAGCACACAGUUGCCUGUCAUCUGGCAAAGCGUACACAUCGAGCCAUCUUGUUCUGCAAGGCUAAUGGACUGCUACCCUCACUCUGUCCCACAUUGGUAGUGUCUGGAGGAGUUGCUAGCAAUCAGUACAUACGCAAGGCACUGAGCAUCAUCACCGAGGCAACUGGCGUUUUUCUGCUCUGCCCUCCCGCCAAAUACUGCACUGACAAUGGAGUGAUGAUUGCAUGGAACGGUGUUGAGCGACUCCGGGAAGGGAGGGGCAUACUGCUUCCACAUGCAGACAUAGGCUAUGAGCCAAAAGCACAACUGGGUGUUGACCUAACAGCAGAAGUGAAGGCAGCAGCUAUUAGGUUACCGUCGGUCAAGAUGAAAAUCUGAUUAUCACAGCACAAAUAAAAUCAGUCAUAUAUACAUUGUGUAAGGUUUCCCCGAUCCGAUAUUGAUAUCAGCAAAAAAAAAAGCAUCUGAUUGUGUAUGAAUGUUCUUAUUCAUCUAGAUCAUUUUAAUCUCAGGGCAUUCAAUCGAUCACAACUGGACUGUUUGGUUGUCUUAGAAGACGUUUCGCCUCUCAUCCGAGUAGGCUUCAUCAGUUCAUGCUCAUGCACUUAGAUUGGUCAGAUCUAGUCUCAGACUUAGAUUGGAUAGAUUUAGUCUAGCGGCUGGUGCCAAUACCUCAGUAGGCUUCAUCAGUUCAUGCUCAUAGACCGAUAGGUCAAAUCUAGUCUUAGACUGAGAUUACAUUGACUUGCAUUUAAAAUAUCCGAUAUUAGCUCUGAUACAAAGUCAUGCAGCGUGCUCACUUGUGCUAGAGAGCCAGGUAACAUCUAAAUAUCCUCCAAUAGGCACACAAAGUUGGUAUUUUCUUGUAUUCUAGUCAAUUCAUGUACUAAAGGUAAACAUUGUAGGCUAUCGGCUACUAGGAACGAGCAGCUACACAACAGCUAAGCACACAACUAGACAUAAUAAAGGUAUUUAAUUGAACAAAAUUGCAAUUUAAAGGGGUCCUAUUAUGCAAAACCAAUUUUUCUUACCUGUUGGCACUUGUUUUGUCUAUUAGGGAUCCUCAUGAAUCCCAAAAAUUUGAAAUCAAACCAUGGAGAAGAUGUUUAUAACAGAAGCUUGUUUUCUUUAAAAUUUGAUACUUACAAGUGACAUAUUGUGCCUUAGUUACGUCAGCGAAUAUCUUCACUUAUGGUAGAGUUUUACCCAAAGAGCUUUGUGUGAGUUUGUACAUUUUUGGUCAGUUGUAGUCAAUAAGUUCCUUCUUUUUCUCUAUCCUCUUGUGGCCCGACUGGCUUGUACGUGCCCAUGCAUGCUAAAAUUAUCCGCUGUUGCCAAUUGUAAUAAAAAGUAGCGUUUAGUUCGGUCUUAUAUCUGUGAGUAGACUCGAUAUGAAAGCGCUAAAAACUACAACAUGGCUGACGGGGUGGGGACAAAGUCGAAGGGGGCUUGGCUUGGUGGAGGGCUUUAGCACGUAAAUAAGACCGCCCACAAAACGACGCAUUAUGAAGAAACAGUCGGAAAGCGGCUUCAAGAUGUUAUGUAAAACAAAAUCUGUGCAACAUUUUGACCCAAAUACAUUGCAGACCAAAAAGAAGUGAUUUAAAUGUAGAAAAGAAAAAUCAUAUGACACCUUUAAAACACUGUAUUAAACAAAUAAUUCUAGCUGCAUAUUACUUACACAGACAAAGUUUCCAAGGCAGAAGCAUAUUAGAAAGUAUCCAUCUCACUUUGACAUGGCCAUUAAGUGUCGCCAAAAAUUACCAGUCCACAUAAAUUUAAAGACCGCCUAAGUCAAUUUCAGACGGAUAAUAAUAAAUAGGUUAGUGUUUUUCAGACCUACCAUUUCUGUUUGAGUCAUUUCCCUUGAGUAAACCUUUUCUCACAUGUUACAAUACAGAAUAAGUAUGUAUGAUUCCUGCUGAUAUAGUAUCAGAUCAAUACCUGCCAAAACUCAAAGCUGCAAUAUCAGUAACGUAUCAGAAUUUAAAAAGUUGUAUCCCCCCCCAAAACUGCAUAUACACUGUGUGUAUGAAACUGUAUACCAGUAAAUAAAACAGAUGUAAUGACUACCUGUUCAAAAUGUUCAACUGUUUAUUUCAUGCAUUGUCGUUCCGUGUAAUACUUUCUUCCUUUUCUGGCAUUUUGUCCGAUAUGACAUUUUUCAAUAUGAAAAAAUUAAUCCAUGCUGUAUAACGUAUAGGGU